UAUAAAAGCAUAAAGCUGAAACCAAAUAUAUUGAGUUCAAUAAUAAAGCUCUAUAAAUUUGAACUAAGUUUUCCCUUAUUUUGAGGCCAAAAUUUCAUGUUGGUAAUUAGGUAGCACACAAAAAAUGAAGAGUAGUUUGCUAAGAAUGUGUAUGGUGAUGUUGGAAAAACAUAAACCUUAUAUCUCAAUGCUAUGUAUUCAAUUUGUAUAUGCAGGAAUGGCUUUGUUAUCAAAGGUUGCAAUUUCCAAAGGAAUGAGUCCUUAUGUGUUUGUUGUUUAUCGACAAAUCUUUGCAUCACUUGCUUUAUCUCCAUUUGCAUAUUUUGACAGUAACCAUGCUGAUCCUUUGUCAUGCAACUUAUUGUGCAAAUUGUUUCUAGUUUCCCUUGUUGGGUUAACAGCAAGUUCAAACCUUUACUAUGUUGCAAUAAAUUAUACCUCUGCAACAUUUGCAGCUGCAAGCACAAACACAAUCCCUUCCAUUACAUUCAUCAUGGCUGUUUUAAUUGGGGUAGAAAGCAUUUCAAUAAAAUACAAACAUGGAUUGGCAAAGAUUUUGGGCUCUGUUUUGAGUCUUUCUGGGGCUAUAGUAUUUGCAUUAGUCAAAGGACCUGAGUUAGAUUUCAUAAAGUGGUAUCCAAAAAAUGAGAAUCAUAUUAUUAACUCAUUCACUAAGGUUCACUCUAAAGGGGAUAACAUUAAAGGCUCUCUUAUGAUGCUCUCAGCAAACACUGGUUGGUCCUUAUGGCUUAUUUUGCAGGGAUUUAUUGUAAAGCAAUAUCCAGCAAAAUUUAGGCUCACAAUUAUACAAUGCUUUUUUAGCUUCAUACAGUCAGGUAUUUUGGCUAUUGCAAUGGAGAGGAAUCCUUCAGCAUGGAAAUUAGGAUGGGAUUUUCAUCUUCUCUCAGUGGCUUAUUGUGGUGUAAUUGUAACCGGCAUUUGUUAUUGGCUGCAAGUAUGCACUAUAGAGAUUAAAGGUCCAGUUUUCACUGCCAUGUUCACCCCUCUAGCUCUUGUAAUCACAGCAAUUUUUUCAGCAAUUUGGUGGAAAGAAACACUCUUUUGGGGAAGUAUUGGUGGCACUGUUUUGCUAGUUAUUGGACUCUAUAGUGUGUUGUGGGGUAAGAAUAAGGAGGGGGGUAUAAAAAUGGAAAACCUUGAAGCUGAACAAGCAAAAGUAGAUACCAGAUUGGAGUGCGUUAUACAAUCCUGAUCGACAUGACAAAAUUCAACAAAAGAUGUUCAACUAUGUUGAAUGCACCUUCUACAUUAUCAUGUAUAUCUUGUCAACUUUAAUUUAUUCAGCUUUAUGCAUUUUUUUCUCUCUAUUUUUUUAUAGAAUAUAAAUAUAUUCGCUCUGAUCACAAAUAUAAAUAAGAGUUAAGAUGUAUAAUGAUCAGAGAGAGUAUACUGGUAGAUCUAUGUAGCAGUGGCCCUCGAGGCCUAUAAAUAAAUAUAUUUU